CGUGUCGGCCACCGUAGGCUAACCGGAAGUAAUAUUCUCGCAGUUUAGCGGAGAUGCUAGUUUGCUAACUAGAAAGCGGGUGUUUUUAUUCCGGUAUGGCCGCGUAUUCUAACGUCAAAUCCACCAAACUCGUUCUUAAAGGACAAAAGGAUAAAAACAAAAAGAAGAAACACAAGGACAAGAAGAGAAAACACGACGAUGAGCAGCAGAAACUCGAUAUUAUCGGUGGUUGGUGGACUGUCAGUAAUUUCGGGGAGAUCAGCGGCACUGUGGCCAUCGAGAUGCACAACAGGUCGUACGUGCACGCGUUAGAUACGGGUCUGUUCACCGUCGGAGCUCCACAUACAGGAGAUGAUGAAGGUCCUGAUCCACCUGAACAGUUCACCGCCAUCAAACUGUCUGACUCACGGAUUGCUCUGAAGUCUGGUUACGGUAAAUAUUUGGGGAUAAACUCGGACGGAGUGGUGAUCGGACGCUCGGACGCGAUCGGAUCCAGGGAGCAGUGGGAGCCGGUGUUCCAGGACGGGAAAACGGCUCUGAUGGCAGCAAACAGCAGUUUUAUUUCGUACAGCGAGAGCGGCGACGUCGUGGCCAAAAACAAAACCGCCGGCAAUGAAGAGAUGAUUAAGAUCCGCUCGUGUGCAGAGAGAGAGGUGAAGAGGAACGAUGACCUCGCUGACGAGGACCGCGGGAACGUCAAGAGCUGCGAGAUCAACUACGUGAAGAAGUUUCAGAGCUUCCAGGACAGAAAGUUGAGGGUGAACGAGGAGGACGGCGGCUCGCUGAAGAAAGCCCGGACCGAUGGCAAAUUCCACGAGGCUUUACUCGACAGGAGAGCUAAGAUGAAAGCUGAUCGAUACUGCAAGUGACACAACUUCAACCUCGUUCUUUUUUAUUAUUAUUUUUUUUAAUCUCACUUUAUUGUUUUUGAUUCAGUGUAAAUUGGUCAGUGUGAUGUUUUGUUUUGUUUCAUAUUAAAUGUUUUAAAUGACCAGAA